AUGGAGAAGUACAGAUUUCCUUACGAAAUAGAAAACUUUAAAGAUGGUAGCCCGUGGGACUCGGUAAGAGUGGGGCCUAAGCGCUAUGUGGUCUCUAGUACAUACAGGGACCUGGCAUCGAAAUUUUACAACUUUGACCUUCGUCCGGAUGACGUGUUCUUACUCGGAUUUCCUCGAUCUGGAACAACGAGGUGUCAGGAGUCAAUAUGGCUUAUAAACAACAACUUGGACUAUGAUAAGUCUAAAUCAAUUGUUAUAGAUGACCGAUGCCCGUUCCUGGACUUAGAGGUGCAGUUUCCUACUGCUUUUUCCUCUGAAAAUAGUGAGUUUCAAGAUGCGGGAACAAAUCAUUUAUUGAAAAAGAUGAUAUCACCUCUGAAAUCGCUACCAAAUGCACCUUCACCGAGAUUCAUAAAAUCUCACUUACCGCUCUCACUUUUGCCGCCGAACCUUCUCGAUACCACCAAGGUCGUAUACAUAGCACGAGAUCCGCGAGAUGUAGCAGUAUCCUACUAUUACCUUAUGAAACGCGUACUUCCUAAUGACAUUGGGUUUGAGAAGUUUUGGGCUGCGUUCCGAGAUGACAAGAUCCUUCUAACACCAAUAUUUGAACACAUUAAAGAAGCCUGGGGACAAAGAGAUCAUCCUAAUAUGGUUUUCCUCACCUACGAAGAUAUGUCAAAAGACUUGGCUUCGACUCUUCGCCAAAUGUCUGAGUUUUUCGGUAAGAAAUACUCGGAAGAACAAAUCCGUGGUCUCUGUGAGCACCUCAGUUUUGACAAAUUCAAGACAAAUAAGUCAGUCAAUGGUGAACAAACUGUAUUGAAAACAUUUGACGUUAUUAAUGAUAGUGACUGCGCUUUUAUAAGGAGAGGCAAAGUUGGAGGUUGGGAAGACUAUUUCAACAGUGAACAAUUAAAAGAGAGUGCUAAACGUUGGAUGUCCGAAAACCUCGCUGGCAAUGACUUGCCCUUUUCAGUUUAA